AUGGCUGUAACAAGUAAUGCUAUGUAUAACGCAGGAACUGUCGCUCCAUCGUUCAUGUCGUCAAACGUGUAUUAUAGUUGCGUACCUCAUUGUAAAAAAGAAAAUCAGCAUAAAGUUAUAUUCGAGCAUAUCGAAAUUGUGAAACCUCCGACGUUUAAUUACUGUUCCUGUGAUACGAUGAUGGAAACUGAUGAAGACGGAUGUGAUUAUUCAAUGGCAUCAGACUAUUUGAAUAAUGAUUCCGCAAUUGUAGAAGCAGCGGUACAGAACCGGUUAAAAGCUCAUGGAAAACUACAAGUUGUACAACGAGCAGUUCAUGAUGUGGAUGUGCCUCAACGCAGGAAUCGGAAACGACACAGCAGCGAUCUCAACUCUACAUGUCAACUGAAAAAGUUUCGGAGAGGCGGUGGUAAGGACUAUGUACUUGGUGAUACAGGGAGUACAAAGGAUUGUGGAUCAACUACUAUGUCUUAUGAAUCUGAAACAUUAAACAUUAAUAACAAUAUGGAAGAAUCUAUGAUUACAAAUGAAAACUGCUGUUGGAUAGCAGGUAAUCACAAUAUUUUAAAUAAUUCAAAUUAUCAAGAAUCAUUCAAUAGUGAGAAUAAAGCAAUUGAAAACACUAUUGAAUAUGAGAAAAUUUUAUUUGAAACACAUGGAUGUUCAAUGUACCAGUUUCAUAGAUUGCAACUGGUUAGUAACGAUGAUACUGAAACAGAAUUUUAA